AUGAUAUCCUUACAAGCAAGACGACAGGACAAAAUUGGAAGACUUAUGGACAGUCUAAAGACUUACAAAACGCCAUGUAUGUCACAUUCUGACUCAACAACAAUUGAGAUGAGUUUAUAUCAAAACAAGGAGAAAAUGGCCAGAGGUGAAAGACAAAGCGUUGAAGAAAAAAUCAAGGCACAUAAUAUCAGUAUCAUAGGCAAAAGUUUGCCACUACGAUAUAACCAUUUCUUUGGCCCCAUUGAUAGCCCUCAAUCUGUAGCAAAUGCAUUCAACAAAUCCAUUGAUGUACAUUGGAAUACUUCACGGGAAACAGGCGACUGUCUCUUUGUACCAUUCGCUUCUACACCAGACAAGUUUAUGCUAACAAUAAUUAUAUUCGAUUUCAGUCACUUUCUUCUUUCAAAACGCAAAUCAUCCUAA